AUGUAUUCCGAACAAAAUUAUCCCGGUUACGAAGCACUUAUAACAUAUUUGACGCGAAGCAGAAACAAAUCUUUUUUGGGCUUUUUACGCCGUUGCCGGGACGUGAUUGUUGCCACCACUUCAGCUACUUCUCGCUGGGUGGAUCUCGAUCACACCUGGGCUGUUAGAUUCAUAUCAGAAGCGGGAAAGUUAGGAGAUGAUUUAGAAGAAAAGGUGUCCCCAAGUCCUCUAUUCAGGCGCCCUAACUUUGUCGUUGGUAAAGGUCUGCGGAUUCCGGAGGAGGAAUCGGUUAUGUGUCUUCCUUUUGGGGCAUGCCGUUUAUCAUCUGAUUUCUCUAUACUAUAG